AUGCGUAGUCGGUACAUGCGCAAAGGAAAUGAGAGCGUGACAGUUGCCGUGUCGUCCUUCACUCGAGAGGAUGCGUUUUUUUUAAGUUGUAUGCGUUCACUGGGAAUUGGUGUUGCUCCAUAUCUUCGUUGCCGCUCUUUUCCUCAAGACGGUUUUCCUCUGAAACUUUUUUCUACUCUCGCUGAGACUCCAGAAAAUCGUAUUGUGGCCGCUGUCCCGUGCACAACUGUUUGGACGGUAGAUGACGUUCAUGAUGAUGAUGUUGAGGGGCUCAUGCCACCAUUGCAGUCCUGUCAGGAAGCCUGUUCAUCACCACAUGUUUCUAAACACUUUGAUUUGUUAUAUCUCUCCUUGUAUUUUGCAAUUCAGGCAUGUCGCACAACUUCAACUUCCUCGUGGUCGCAUUGGCAGCGUCAGUUAAGUCCACCCGCCACAUUUAAAAGUGAUGUGGAAGAUGCUGCCGCCACGUUCCUGCAAAUUCUUUCCGAAAACAGUAUUGUGCCUCCCAUGGAGUUAAUGCUAAAUAUGUGUCGGUACACACAAACUCAUUCAUGUCGCUUGACAAAAGACCGAAUGAAGUUGAACUUAAAAGAAGGGCCGGUGCUUGCUGUCAUGCCUUUAGUGGAUUUGAUGAUUUCCCAAAAUGUGGCUGAGGGAAAUGUUGCAUUGCGGCGGUGUGAUGCCCGGCAACUUCGUUCUCUCAUGAGGUCAAAUCCUUUAAAAUGUGCGAAACAACAUCUUUCGGUUUGUGACGAUGAUGCGGCGUAUUGGCUAUUGGAAACAGUUGUAGCCGUAAAGGAAUAUAUUCCACUUAAUUUAUGA